ACAACACGGAGCCAUGCAAAGUUGCCGUUUCCAGCGAGGCCAACCUCUCUGCUCAGUCGUUUGAGGUAAAACGCUUUUCAGUGUCUUCACGAAGCCACCUUUUCUUCUUCCCUUCUCCUCUCUUCAACCAACCCAACAGGGUCUUUUCCUUUUCAACCUCAAACUCUGUCUCUAUAAUCUCUGUCGAGUUUGAGUUGGGCAUGUCCAAUGGGUCGAGGGAAGAUCGAGAUCAAAAGAAUCGACAAUGCCAGCAGCAGGCAAGUCACCUUCUCCAAGCGCAGAACAGGCUUGUUCAAGAAGGCUCAAGAACUCUCCAUUCUCUGUGACUCCGAGGUUGCCGUCAUAGUGUUUUCGAACACUGGCAAGCUCUUUGAGUUUUCCAGUUCAGGAAUGAUGCGAACACUUUCAAGAUACAACAAGUGUCUUGGUUCUACAGAUGCUACUGCUGUAGCAGAAAUUAAAACACAGAAGGAAGAUUCUAAGAUGGUGGACAUUCUAAGAGAAGAAAUUUCAAAGUUAGAAUCAAAGCAAUUACAGAUAUUGGGUAAGGAUCUGACAGGAUUGGGAAUAAAAGAAUUGCAAAAUAUAGAGCAGCAACUCAGUGAGGGGUUAUUGUCUGUAAAGGCAAGAAAGGAGGAAUUACUUAUGGAGCAGCUGGAGCAAUCUAGAGUUCAGGAACAGCGGGUCAUGUUGGAAAAUGAAACUUUGCGCAGACAGGUUGAGGAGCUUCGUUGUCUGUUUCCACAAUCAGAAACAAUGGUUCCAUUUCAGUAUCAACGUCCUGAAAGAAAGAACACUUUUGUAAAUACCGGUGCCAGAUGUCUCAACUUGGCCAAUAACUGUGGAAAUGAGAAAGGAAGUUCAGACACAGUAUUUCAUUUCGGGUUGCCUGCUGGUGUUCAAGAGGAAGGGCCCCAAGAAAGAAAUCUUUUCAAAUGACUUUGCAGAGUUCUGAUUUUCUUAUUUCAACAGGGAAAAUAGAAUUUCAGACAUUUAUUGCAGUUGUAGUUAUGUACAAUAUAGAUUAGGGAGAAAGGUUAUGACUAAAAGUGACCCUCAAGUUAUAAAUUGGAAUUUGGCUCUUUUUGAAUAUGCAGAUUGACCAUUUUUACCAUAUUGUGGCCUAAUUAACUGUGAUUGUGAAAGGUCUAAUGAAGACACUGUUUUGUUUUUUA